CCCCGCGACCCCCCCCCCUCACAGGGCUAUGUACUGAGCGCCCCGGGGAGGCGUGCACUGCGGCGGCGGCAGCGAUCAGGACUAUUUGCUGGGCGCCUACUGUGUGCGGACACUGCGCUGAGCGCUCCGGGGGGGGGCGUCCACUACAGCGGCAGCAGCGCCCAGCGCUAUUUAUUGAGCGCCUACCGUGUGCGGACACUGGACUGAGCGCUCUGGAGGCGUCCACUGCAGCGGCAGCGUUCAGGGCUACUUACUGAACGCCUAAUUUGUGCGGAGCACUGCACUGAGCGCUCCGGGGAGGCGUCCACUGCGGCAGCAGCUGCGAUCAGGACUAUUUGCUGAGCGCCUACUGUGUACGGACACUGCGCUGAGCGCUCCGGAGGGGCGUCCACUACAGCGGCAGCAGCGACCAGCUCUAUUUAUUGAGCACUUACCGUGUGCGGGCACUGGACUGAGCGCUCUGGGGGCGUCCACUACAGCGGCAGCAUUCAGGGCUAUUUACUGAACGCUUAAUUUGUGCGGAGCACUGCACUGAGCGCUCUGGAGGCGUCCACUGUAGCGGCAGCGUUCAGGGCUAUUUACUGAACGCUUAGUUUGUGCGGACACUGUGCUGAGCGCUCCAGGGGGGCGUCCACUGCAGCGGCAGCAGUGACCAGCGCUAUUUACUGAGCGCUUACCGUGUGCGGACACUGGACUGAGCGCUCUGGAGGCGUCCACUGCAGCGGCAGUGUUCAGGACUAUUUACUGAACGCUUAGUUUGUGCGGACACUGUGCUGAGCGCUCCAGGCGGGCGUCCACUGCAGCGGCAGCAGUGACCAGCGCUAUUUAUUGAGCGCUUACCGUGUGCGGACACUAGACUGAGCGCUCUGGGGGCGUCCACUACAGCGGCAGCAUUCAGGGCUAUUUACUGAACGCUUAAUUUGUGCGGAGCACUGCACUGAGCGCUCCGGAGGGGCGUCCACUCCAGCGGCAGCAGUGACCAGCGCUAUUUAUUGAACACUUACCGUGUGCGGACACUAGACUGAGCGCUCUGGGGGCGUCCACUGCAGCGGCAGCGUUCAGGACUAUUUACUGAACGCCUAAUUUGUGCGGAGCACUGCACUGAGAGCUCCGGGGAGGCGUCCACUCCUGCGCUAUUUAUUGAGCGCUUACCCUGUGCGGACACUGGACUGAGCGCUCUGGAGGCGUCCACUGCAGCGGCAGCGUUCAGGGCUAUUUACUGAACGCUUAAUUUGUGCGGAGCACUGCGCUGAGCGCUCCGGAGAGGCGUCCACUGCGGCAGCAGCUGCGGUCAGGACUAUUUGCUGAGCGCCUACCGUGUGCGGACACUGUGCUGAGCGCUCCGGAGGGGCGUCCACUCCGGCAGCAGUGACCAGCGCUAUUUAUUGAACACUUACCGCGUGCGGACACUAGACUGAGCGCUUAAUUUGUACGGAGCACUGCACUGAGCGCUCCAGGGGGGCGUCCGCUACAGCGGCAGCAGUGACCAGCUCUAUUGAGCACUUACCGUGUGCGGACACUGGACUGAGCGCUCUGGAGAGGCGUCCACCGCAGCAGCAGCGAUCAGUGUUAUUUACUGAGCGCUUACCGUGCGCGGAACCCUGCACUGAGCGCUCCGGAGAGGCGUCCACCGCAGCAACAGCGAUCAGCGUUAUUUACUGAGCGCCUACUGUGUGCGGAACACUGCACUGAGCGCUCCGGAGGGGCGUCCACCGCAGCAGCAGCAGUGAGCAGCGCUAUUUAUUGAGCGCCUACUCUGUGCGGAACCCUGCACUGAGCGCUCCGGAGGGGCGUCCACUCCAGCGGCCGCAGCGCCCAGAGCUAUUUAAUGAGCGCUUCCUGUGUGCCGACACUGAACUGAGCGCUCGGGAGAGUCCACUAUAGCGGCAACAGCGUUCAGGGCUAUUUCUUGAGCGCUUACGGAGUGCGGACACUGGACUGAGCGCUCGGGAGAGGAGUCCACUACAACUGCAGCAGGAGCGAUCCAUGGUAUUUAUUGGGCGACUGCUGUGUGCGGAGCACUGGACUGAGCGCCCGGGCGGUUACAGUCCGACAGCAGUCAAUCGGCUGUGUUUUCUGAGCGCUUCUUGGGCAGAGCACUGUACUGAGCGCUUGGGAGCGUUCAGUACAGCAGCCGGCGCCGGCCGGUCGGGCCCGACAAUGAGCUGCACGAUUGAGAAGGCCCUUGCGGACGCCAAAGCCCUCGUGCAGCGGUUAGGAGACCACGACAACGCGGCCGAAUCUCUGAUCGAGCAGACCACCGCCCUCAGCAAGAAAGUGGAGGCGAUGAAGCAGUACCAGGACGAAAUUCAGGAACUCAACGAAGUGGCGCGACACAGGCCGCGGUCCACGUUAGUCAUGGGCAUCCAGCAGGAGAACCGGCAGAUCCGACAGCUGCAGCAAGAGAAUAAAGAAUUACGAACCUCCCUCGAAGAGCACCAGUCUGCCUUGGAACUCAUCAUGAGCAAGUACCGAGAGCACAUGUUCCGACUGCUGAUGGCCAGCAAAAAAGAUGACCCGGCCAUAGUCCUGAAGUUGAAAGAGCAGCAUUCUAAGAUGGGCGCGGUUCACGAGAGCCGCGCUGAAGACGCCCCGCGACGCCUCCUGGAAGCCGCCCGGCCCCGCCUGGAGAGGAGCAUCCCGGCGCCGGAUCGGAAUGAACUGCAAGGUCACGUGGACCAGAUCAGCGAAAUGGCGGCGGUGAUGAGGAAGGCCAUUGAAAUCGAUGAGCGGCAGAGCUGCAAGGAGCAGGAGCGCAUCUUUCAGCUGGAACAAGAAAACAAAGGCCUAAGGGAAAUCCUCCAAAUCACCAGAGAAUCGUUCCUGAAUCUGAAGAAAGAAGAGGCUCCCGAGGGCAGCGCGGCUCCGUCGGCCCGUGUGUCCGGCAGCGACCUGAGCCCGAGGAAGAGCUGAGGCCCGGAGCAGACCUUCCUCCAUUUUCACUUUCCGACUCCGAACCUCGGCACGUGACGGCUUUCCGAGACGGCGGACCGCGGAGAACCGCGGCUCCUCGUCACGGGAGGGUCCCGUGGCUCGUAUUUUUGUACGAAAGACAGAACCCUCGCCCUGCUCGGAAAGAAGCUAUGCAACCAUCCGGUUUUUUAAUAGGACGAACCAAACGUCUCGGCGGAAAGUUCGGGUGACGGAAGGUGACGCCUUGCCCAAACCUGGAUGACCCCGAUUCCUCGUAAGCCGCCGGACGGAAGAGUCUGUGUGAAAAUUUUUAUUAACGACACUGGGGACAAGGGACCCCCCCCCAAGACCCGAUUGAUCUUUGACUACAUCUCAGAUGUUGCUUUUGGUCGCGUUUUUAAUGAGAAAGGACAUAACGGGGUGGAUGAGACGCGAUUGAGGGGUAGCUUGCCGUAAACAUGGAUUUCUACGUUUCAUCAGCAAAGCAGCACGACUUUCUCAGAGACGGGGUGGGAGGCCCGUUCGGCCGGCGAUAAGCUCCACGCGCCUUUCGACUUCUUGAGAAACGGGUGUUUCUAAGUGGCGGGGAAACAAAGUCGGGGGUUUUCCUUCUGCCUAGCAGCCCUUAACCGAUUCCCACCCCCUGGGCCCUGGUACGAAGUAAGGGAAGAGUGUGAAUAAAUCAACCCUCCACUCAUUUGGGGAACGUUUUCUUCCUCGGGCCCAUUUUAGAGGCUGGUAAAGACCCUUUUUUCAUUAAAACGAUCAGGUGUUCCAUUGGUGAGACACCAGAAAAACUGCAGAUGAAGGGUAAAUCGCUUGGGUUUUUUGUGGGUGUUUUUUUUUUUUUUCCUCUAAGGUACUUUGAAACUAAACUACUGACAAACCAGUUGGCUUGAAAAAUCGGACCCGGGGCGACUUGGGGGAGGAUUACGUGUGUGACAUCGGCUCUUUUCCCUUUUUCGCUUGGGAAGACGGCGCGUUAUUUCUUCCCCGUCUGCGGUUCCCGUACACCAGGUGAAUGAUGACGACCUUAAGAUUGUGACAGAAUUUGGUGUUAGUGUGACCUGAAGAUUGUGACAGUCACAGAUAAGAGAAUUUGGUGUUAGUGUGACUUGUUAGAGGGUCGAAAACUAUCAAAAUCCGUAUGAAUAUGUUGUUUCUCUUCACACUUCAACAAAAUCUAGCAACGUGGGGAGUUUCAUCUGUUCUGGGAGCACAGUUUCACUUUCCUACAAAGGGUUUUAGGUUCACAACACUUCCCACUUGAAUUUAAUACCAAAUCUACAUUCCAAGGCUGAAUACGAGGCCGUUUACUCGGCGGCUUUAGGUUCCGCGUUUAAAGAGUGGAGGGACCCACUCUGGGGGUUAAAUGAAAACUUCCAAUUAACAACGGCCUAAAGAUUCGGCUUCUGGCAACUGGAUAGUGGUAACAAUCGCAAAAUGGCAAGCCAGUUGCCAACAAGGCUUCUAAAUCGGUUUCGGCCAGACUGAGGAAAAAGAAUAAGCCAUACUGUGUGAUCUAGCCUGCAGCAAUUCUCCGAGACGGUUCUAGCAUGGAGCACGGCUCGAUGAGUACUUAUUUUUGUAAAUAACGCGGUGAGUUAAUUUAUCUAUUGCCCUUCAUAGAUACGUUGUAUUUUCGGGCUUUGAAGAAUCUCCACCGGGUUGUGUAGUGAGGUCUUCCAUCACACCUGUUAUUUUUUUAAUGCAAAUGCUUGAAAUAACGGCUGCGAAUGUGGAGCGUACAGUAAGCAUUUUGUCAAUAAAGAUGUCUUAUAAAAU